ACGACACCUAUUUUGAGGACCACAAACAUGUCGGUGGCGCCCCCCGAGGUGUGGGCCAUCCCGCGGCGGACGACGCUCGGUCCGAGCCCGAGUCUUGGGCCGCCCACGGGCCGUCGCUGGUCGUUUCUAGGCCUCGGCUAUGCACUGGCCACGGUCUCUCUCUCCAUCUAUGCGCUCCAACUGCUGCAAACGUACUUGGAGAACGAUCUCAUUUGGCCGCAAUUCCGCGCGUUGGCGCUUCAGCCCGUCCUUGUCGACGCCUUUAAUCUGCACUUGACGCUGCUGCCGUCAACCGCCCACUUUGAGCUGCUUGCGUCGGCCCUCGCCGUACCGAGCUCGGGAGCGCCCGUUUUUGCCACGUACCCUCGACUUGCUCUCUACACCGACUCUCUGCCGCUGACCGACGUCGUCAUCGGCCUGCGUCAAGUCGGCGCGGGGGCGGUGACCCACAUGAUGGCGCAGUACUGUUACGUUGACUUGCGUCGGCGGUGGGAGCUUGCACACACGGCGCAGCGCCAAGCACGGUGCGCAGAGAAGCACGCGACGAACGCCGCCGUGCAUCUCGAAGCUGUGCUCCGCAAUAUCGACAUGCCAGCGUGGCUGGGCCUCUACGCUGGUUUCUUCCUGCCGCUCAUCGGCGACGCAGUGAGCCCGGCGUUUGUGCAAGCUCUCGUCAAUCAUACGUGGGCGCCUGUCGAGGACGAAGCGAGGCUGUGGAGCGCGCAUGGUUACGAGGUCUUCGUGCUGAACUGGGCCAAUUUGCGCCAGCUCGGGCUCGUCGAGACGAUCCGCGUAGAAAAUGAACUGGGUGCUAUCACGACGCUGCAUAUCAAGGCCAUCGCGCCCGUGGACCGGUACGCGCUCUGGACGUCGCAUGCGAUGUUUGCUUCGUUCGAGAACGACCUUGGCAACUUCUUGCUCGGCCCUAAUAUGAGUCUUGUUCGCAACGCGCCGAAUUGGUAUGGAUAUAUAUUACCCUUUGCAAUGGAGAUAUACAGCCUCCCAUACCCCCUCAACACCCUCAACCAAGCGCUUCAUGACCACCUCGGGUCCCUCGGGUCGGUCGAUCUUUGGAUGCUUCGCCCCCCGCCGAGUCUCUUAGCCUACGUCGCCGCCUAUCAGCACCAUCUCCAAAACGCAAAGCAAGCGUCUUCGGACGUAGCAACAGCCUUGGAUGCGUUCGAAACGACGGUCCUGCACCCGACACCGCGCGCGUGGCAGUCAACCGACCUUGUGUUCCUCGGUGGCAAUCCCAUGUGCGCCUUUGGGGCCCCCUGCAGCUUUGUACAAGAGUCCUUUGGCUUUGAUGACACGUGUGCGACCCAGCGUCCGUGGACGAGUACGUGGACCAGCACGUCGAUCCUCUUUGCCCUUUCCAUCGAGAGCAAUCAUGGGAUCGAUGUGGCGGCCAUCUGUCAUUCGUCGGGCUUGGUGCUCGCAGAAGCCGCCUCGUGUCAGCGCACCUUGUCGGCGGCAAUGGCCAUAUACAACCGCUUACCACCCCUGGCGCAGUUCAAUGUCACGGGGAUGAUGGCGGACGUGGAAGGCCUAACCCUCUCGACAUUGCAGUUUGUUCAAAAUAUAUCUUCCAGUAGCAGCGCCGUCGACGUGCGUAGCCAGCUGUUGCUGCCGCACGACGCGCUUCGCUGGCGUGUCUUUGGCUGGACGAGUCUGUUCGAGUGGGCGCUCGGGCAGCGCGAAGCGGUGGCGUUCGAAGGCGAUAUGCAGACAUUCCACCUUCUCUCGUACGCCUACGCCCCGAUCGAUCAAUUUGUGAAUCCGCUCGACGUCGGUUUGUCCCUUUCCGGGUACCUCUUUAACCUCUGCGCGUACUUGACCUUUGGGCUGUGUGUGGCGCUCAGUGCGCUUCUUUUGGCAGCGAUGAGUCGUCGGCACCACCUGUUCUUUGCCCAUGGCUUUCUCUUUAACCGCGUGGCAAGUACGACGUGGGUUGGACGCCCGAUGCUGCUCGUUCGCGCGCUCGCAGCGAUCGUUUGCUUGGCGACAGCGUCUGUCAGCGUUCAGCAACUCUCGACGACUGGCGACCGCACGUUUGUUGCGACACCCCGAUCGCUUCUCGAGUCUGCCAUUCUCUCGGGCGAGACGCUAUGGUUGUCGUAUGCGCUGGACGAGUGCCUCUGCCACGCUAGCUCGUCGCUUCGCAUGCGCAAGUACGUCCCGUGGACUGCGAUGAUGGCCUUUUGCGUCUGCUGGUUCCUCGAUGUGGUGGCGUCGCCGCAGCUGGCGGCGUCGUUGGGUCGACAGUGCAAGCCUAUAGCCAUGGACACGUACCUCAUGUGCGACUCUGGCGUCGUCCAAGUCGGGCAUCGAACCCGCGUCUACCUUCUUAUCGCCGUUCACGUGGGGUUGGCAUUGCUGGGUGUUUUAUGGAGUCAAUGUCUCGUCCAGCGGCGCACCUCCGGCGAGUCCUCUGUAGUGCCAUCGGUCGUCCUCCACGGCGCAGCAACUACGUACAUGGGAUCCCCGGACGCCACUGCACGCAGCUUCGACUUGGAUCAGCUCAGUGCGAUUCUAUGCGGCCUCUUGAUUUUUGAAGUCCGCGGCACCUUGUACGUCGGUGACGUGGCGCUCUGGCGCGUCCUGCCAGCAACGAUGUACGGUAUCCGACGCUUCAACGACGUCUACAUCUUUCCUGCAACGCGACAGUAUGCCCAGACAGCGGUACUUGCCUUUGGCCCGCCGAGUCCUCCGUCAAUUGCACUACCUACCUUAUCCCGGCCCUCGGCCGUCGCGAUGGCAGGCGCACUCCUACCCAAGACGACGCCGUUGGCGCUCGUGCAUCGCGUGGCCCACGCGUCCGUGUCACUCGUCGGCUUGCUCUACGUCUCGCUCUCACUGUUUGCGAAUGCCACGUACAUGACAGUCACGUCUCCGCGCGUGCUCGCGAAUGACUUUUACUGGGGCAAUUUCAACAGCUCGGGCGGCCAUACUCUGAACCGACUCUUGGCGACGGACCACGACGCGCAAGCGGCAUUUUUCUCACUGCCCCGAAAACAGUACAUUGGCCCAUUCCCGUCCGACUUUGCGUCGCCCGGAGUCGCCUAUACCGGCGGCAAUCUUCUCUGCGGCGACGACCAAGCCGGUUCACCCAUGGUGUUUAGCAGUGUCGAUUCGACGCCGAUCUUUCGUGCAUUUAGCGCCACGAACGCGUGCUACCGGCUCGUGUUUGAGUUUUUUCAGCCCGAUCCCUUUCUCGUGCUCUUUGCUUUAUCGGGUUUCCACACUGCGGCCGAACUGUCGAAUCACACGCUUCUCAAGCUCUGUGAAUGGGACUACUCGCCCGGCGGCAACUGCAAUCUCGUCUACGAAAGCUCUCGACGCUUUCUGCUCGAGUCCAGUUCUGUCUUUGCCGAUGCAGCAUCCGUCGCGGCCAAGGUAGCUGCCGAUGUUGACGCUCUCGAGGUCCAGUUUGUCCAGUAUCUUCGCAAUGGCUCGUCGCACAUGCUAUACCAUCGUGGUAUCUUGGACGCUGCCAAAAUUGAUAUUUCGUGGAUCUACUUUGGGUGGUGCUUUUCAUAUGCGUGGGCGGCCGGCACGCGAGAAGUGGUUUCGUUUCAAGGUGAUGCGCGUCGCGUCACGGCCAUCUCGGGGCCCUUGAGCCCGCUCACGAUUCAGCCCAACCCGGCGGAAAUUCCGCAAAAUUUCUCCUUUGUGCUCAUGGCCUGCGUGCAGUACAUAACGUGCGUCUUUGUCGUACUCGCAGCGGGGAUUGCUGUGCUGACACUCCGCCGUCUCGAGCACUGCGAGGGCCGCCACCUCUUUCAGAUGAACCGCAUGAUUGGCCUUGUCUGGAUUGGCUGGCCGUUCUUACUGCUCCGGAGCCUCACGGCCAUGGUGCUACUGCACACGAGCUCGCUGACGCUAACGCAAGUCGGCGGCCUCGCGCGCUUUACGUCCCCCGCGCUGCCGUGGUACAGCUUGGUGCUCGUGUCCGGCGAAGUCAACUGGCUCGUCUACGUGCUCAACGACCUUUUUAGCAUCGCAACCACCGAACUCACGCACGCGUACGCCAACCACAGUGCCGUGCUGACGUGGAUCCUCAUGCUGCUCUGGAUCUCGGUCGCGCCGUGCCAGCACGCAGCUACGCUGCAGCGAGCUUGCACGUCCAUCAAUAUGGACGACCGCCUCGAGUGCCACAGCGCAAGCAUUCGCGUCGGUCAGUUUUCAAGGCUGCCCACGACGCUUGCGAUCGCCCUUGGGAGCCUGGUCGUCACGUAUAGCGUCGCGCGGUGGCGCCACCGGACGCUGCGGCCGUCGCCCCCCUCGGCGUUUCUCUCGUCGCCGGCCAAGUAUAUGUUUGUCGUGACCGACUGGUGCGUCGACGGCGUUCUGUAUUUGGACGCCAUGUCAGCGCUGCUCGCCGGUCUUCUUUCGUUCGAGAUGAUGGAGAAUAUUGUCAUAUUGGAUGUGAAGAAGUGGCGCCUCCUCGUGGUCGCGCGGCGACGGCUCGGGAAGGACGCGCCGCCCCACCUCCGGCACGCGAUCCCGCUACUCGAGUAGUCGUGCGCAUUGUGUUGUAUAUUUCGUAGUAUUAGUGUUUGUGCUAUC